UGAAAAAGUCAAUCCUCGGCAGGAGAUCACCACACACAUUCAGUGCUGCCCAAGGGAAGUCCUGGGAAGAACAGAAAACCAUAGCUAACAUCCCAUCAGCCUUUUAGUUGCAAGCGUUACAGAGGAGAGAAUCCUUUGACACUCAAGGCACUCUGGUCGCGUGGGUGGCUGUGUGUCUUUUUAUUCCACAAAAAGUAUAUUGCCUGACUGGUCUCUUGCUCUUCCUUCUGCCUCUGCCACAAUGAAGUAUUACUGCCCAGACUCACUUCCCAGGUAUAGGCGAUAUGCAAGAAGCCUAAAGACUGUGCGUUUCCCCAACGACGUUCUCUUUCAGGACCACAUUCGGCAGGGUGACCUAGAGCAGGUGGGACGUUUUAUCCGUGCUAGAAAGGUCACCUUGGACACUAUCUAUCCCUCAGGUAUGGCUGCCCUCCAUGAAGCUGUGCUUUCUGGGAACCUUGAUUGUGUCAAGCUGUUGGUGAAAUAUGGUGCUGACAUCAAUCAAAAAGAUGAGGACGGUUGGACUCCUCUGCACAUGGCUUGCAGUGAUGGUCAUGCCGACAUUGCAAGGUAUCUUAUCUCUCUUGGGGCCCAGUGUGAUGCCAUCAACGAUGAAGGGGAGAGGCCAUCUGACCUAAUUGACCCUGAAUACAAAGAACUUGUGGAGCUUUUCAAAGCAGCCCGAGUGGACUAAGUCUGUGUCUCUCAGCUUUCUCCCAUGUGGAGUCCAGUCUUCACAGCAGGCAGCAUCUGUUGCAUGCUGGAAGGAGGUUGGCAACAUUGCCCCUACUAGGUUGGCAAGAGUGUAUGGCCUCCUAAACAGACCACAGUUUGGUUGUAAUGUGUAUGUAUGAGAAUGGCUACUUCGGGGUUUCUUAGAGCUAUGCUUGGGAUAGCCCCUUCAAAAUAAUGUGACCUCUACUAUGUGGUCCAUUGUCUGGUAUCUGCUGGAGUCAGGCUUUAGCUAAAAUGGGCAUAAUGGCUGGAACAUACUGGCCUUGAUGGCACUGUAGUGCAGGAGGUUCACACAGGUGCUUAUGAACUGAACUGGACUGCAUACCAAUUUGUGUGAGCAUCUUCCAAUUCUCAUCUGGUUACAACUGAUUCUGAACAGUGCUAGCUCAGCAACAUUCAAGCUAUUUCCCUGAAGAAUCAUUACAAAAUUAUCAUAAUGAGAAAAUAGCCCCAACUUCAAGCUGGCAUCUCUCUGCUGUACAUAUGGACUAUCCUAACAAUGUUGUGUAUAAAGUCUUAUGUAUUUGCUCCUAUAUUUGCUUUUCUACUGUUAUUUUUUAUGUGGUUCUGAAAAAGCUUUUUAUUUUUUCAAUAAAGUA